AGUGAGAAAUGUGGGGGGAAGAAGGCGUUAUCUUCCGCGUUAGGCUGUGUCAGUGUGUGUGCCUGCGAGGCGACCUAAAGACACUAGAGAUAAUUCGCUACAUGUUGAAAUGUGAUAAUAAAACGGAGAGAAAAAGAGGAAAUAAGUCUUUCCGUGGUCGCUUCUUCUGCUUUAGCGAGUUUAAUUGUGUAGGAGCGCCAGCGGAUAACAGUAAGGCAAGAUGAGGGACCGACUGGGUGAGCUGCAGACCAAGCUUGCGGGAGAGGACAGGCCUGAGGAUGGCCAGGAGGACCACACCACCGAGGCUGAGGACCUGGAGCUACACACCAUCGUGUUUGAGGGAGAGGAUGUGAUGGACAGCAUCUACAAAGAGGCCCAGGCUUUGAGGAAGGAGAUUCUGCUGCUCAAAAUGGACGUGAAGCGUCUCGGGAAGCAGAACACCAGGUUCCUCACGUCUGUUCGGAGGAUCAGCAGCAUCAAACGGGACUCCAACGCGCUCGGACGGGACAUCAAAGCCAAAGGGGAAGCCAUUUACGCUCGGCUGGAGAAGCUGGGGAGGCUGAGCAAAGAGCUGGAGGGGGAGCACGGGCCUACAUCAGCUUUGGCUCGCAUGGUGCGUUCCCAGUGUGUUUCUCUAAACAACGCUUUCCACGAGGCCAUAUCUGAGUACAACGAGGCUGAGAUGGUCCAGAAGGAGAACUGCAAGACCCGCAUCCAGAGGCAAGCGGAGAUCAUGGGCAAGGAGGUGAGCAGGGAGCAGAUCGAUGAGAUGAUCGAGACAGGCAAGUGGAACGUCUUCUCUGAUAAUCUCCUCCUGGAGGGAAGGACUACCAGAUCUGCUCUCAAUGAGAUUGAGAACCGGCACAAGGAGCUGCUGGAGCUGGAGGGCCGCAUCAGGGACAUUCAUGAGCUUUUCUUCCAGAUGGCCCAGCUGGUGGAGGAGCAGGGCUACAUGCUGGACAACAUAGAAGCAAAUGUAGGUGCGACUCAGGACUAUGUUGUCAAGGCCACAGUUCAGAUCAAGAAGGCUGUGAAAUACAAGAAAAACAAUCCAUGCAAGAAACUCUUUUGUUGUUGCUUCCCUUGCUGCAAUUAAGACAGCAUCAGUGUCAUUUUUCCCCUCCAUGUCAUGAGACAUCAUGAUUAGAUCCCAGUCAGCUUUUCACACCACACACUCGGCCAUGUGAAAAUGUAUGCAGUGAGAUACGGGUGUUGCAUUUCCUGAUUGUUACUGAGAAAAGCAUUUGCAUGAUAACUUUUAACACAUCUUUAUUUCAAUCCAUACAUCUCAGCUUUGGCUUUUAACGUUCAGCUUUAAACUUUGAAAUGUUAUAACUAAGAUAAUUUAAGUAAUGUAAAUAAGUAUAUAAACUACAGUUUUCACAGCCUGAAAUGUAGCUACUCUGUAAACUGGAACUUGAAGCAGGUCUUUUUCUUAGUACAGCCGUUGCUUAACAAGUCUUAAGACAUAAACAACACUCACAACCCGGACUGUGAAUGUGGUUAGCUGGGCAGGCAAGAUAGAUCUGUGUGGAUGGUGCAACUACGUGUGCAACUACAUGUCAGCCACCCCCAUGUAUAGUUUGUAAGCCAGGGCUUUGUGUUUCUCAAGAUUUGUUGCUUCAAAUGAAAAAACACACUCUUAUUGCCUCCACUUUUCGGAGAUUAAACAAUGUCAUCUUCAAUCACAUGCUUUCCUGUGGCUUCACUGAUCCUGCCCAUCACUGGCACACAGUCAAAGUCAAUCAGAUUUGCGUCAUCGGGCAGGUUUUCUCAGAUUGUUCCAUACAAAAGGACGCCAGAAUCAAUGUGUACAUGGGUGUUGGUUUAGGUAGUCAAUAGAGAAUGGGGAAUGAAUCUGGUCAGGGUAGGCUACUGUCUGUUUGCACAGCAAGCAUAAUCCAUUGUCUUGUGAGUGUAAUGAUAGUACAAUUCAAAAGACCUUUAUUUUCCUGUGUGUGGCAGUCCAUCGCCCACUGGGGGAUUCCCAGUUACCACCCAUGAAACUGAAGCAUUAAGCAAAGAGGCUCUGAGACCAUCAUCCCUCUUCAUACUGUAGGCUAUGUGUACUGAGACACCAGUGGGUGUUUUCAUACUGACUGUUCUUUGUUGAAAUGCUGUAGGCUACUUCCUUAGCAGUGCGGUGUGGUUUGUGGUGGGCAGUUACUGGCAGAGUGACACUACGGCGUCAUAACUUUACUCAGGUAGACCUACCUGUUGGAUAUAUAUUACACGACAUGGGCAUGUUGAUGUAUGUAUCAAUAGCUGAGUGGCUAGGGCGUUGAGAUUAGCCUUUUCUCGGGUUCGAAACCAACUGCUGGUAGCAUAUUAGUGGUUGUUAUUAUCAAAUAUCAUUAUAUUGGCUUGUAUGAUAAGAGAAGAAUACAUAAAAAGUGACUUAAUGGAUAAGAGGAAUUCAAAUUUAUUUUACGUUUGUGUGUUAAAAGCUUUGAUGUGGCACUGGCAGAUGAUAUGUGAUUAUAGCUACAUUUUUGUGUUUAACUUUCACGCCGGCCCUUUCCAUGCAUGUGUACAUGUAGCUAGCACAGUCACAGUAGCUGGGGACGGUUUUCAGCAUUUCAGCGUUUUGUGGCUCUAAAGUUGCGAAGAGAACUCGCACCUGAGACAAUUAACAAAGUAAUGGACGUUCGGAAACCGAGAGAAGAAACACAAACACUCUAAUUCAGAUGAUAAACCAGAUCCCUGACCCCCUGAUUCAUGAGGCCACCUCUGAGAUGUGGUGAAUGUUGGACAGGGUGAGCUGCGCCUCCCGCGCUGGGUAGAAACGCCUGGAGCGAAGCCACAGCCUCCCAAACACUCCAGUGAUCAGCAGCAAGACAACCAGCAGUCCUCCGAGGACAAAGGUCUCCACAGGAGGGACUCCACCUGCAUCUACAUAGAAAAGGACCCAGGGUAUACCUGUCCCGGAUGAAGGUGUACUGAAUAUUGCUGUAUGGAUCACUGGUUGGUGUGGCCCAGCAUCUCUCCAUACGCAGCAUCAGUUGAGCCGGUAUC